UCACACGAAGCUACGGGUUAGUUUACAUGUUUCUGCCAAAUUUAUACCUCUGCAUUGCUCCUUAGCAGCGGAGACUCGCGUAUUUCUCGAUUUUGAAAUUUUUUCGCACAUUAUCGAGAAUGUUUAUACAUGAUUUUUUUACAUAUUUGGCUCUGGUGUUAUUUUUUAUUGAAUAUGUAUUGGCUAGAUCAGCCACAACCACCGACGACUUAUUGGGAAACGUGACAAUAUUAGAAAAAUGCAAAGCUCGAGAUUUUUUAAAAGACUGCCUAGGACAAUUAUCUCCCAUACUGAAACACACGGAGCAUGGCAUACCAACAUCUAAAGAAGAUGUCGAUGUACUUUGCAAAGCAUUCAAAACAGGCAUGAAAUGCGUCGACGAUUAUUCCUCAUCGUGUUUAUCCAACGAACAAAAGAAAAGUAUCGAGAAUAACGUUAUGGGAGCGAAAUACACGUUCAAGUUCUUAUGCGACGAUGCACGUUUUCAAACUGAAUAUUUAAAAUACACCACUUGCCUUCGUGGCAUAAAAGAUAACUGGAAUGCUUGCGCUAAUCAAUUCGUUGCUCUAGUAAAAGAAGAAUUCGCAAGAAAAAAUGUUUCAAAGGCAUCUCGUUUACUCGAAAUUUGUUGCGCCAGGCAUGGUUUUAUAAAUUGUGUUUUAGUAACAACCAGGUUAAAAUGCCGUAAAGAGGAAACGUUAUUCAUAACGAGGAUUGCCGACACCUUAUCAAAUACCAGGGUAUAUGGUCCUCAUUGUAAAAGUAUCAACGUCACCUUAUGUAGUUCAGCAGAACCUUGUUUAAGAGCUCCUAUUUUAUUAAUGGUUUCAGCAACGAUUGUUUCGAUUUGUAAAUUAUUUUACGGUUAGUUAAACCGGCUUACGCGACGUUAUAAAUUUUUUUCCGGCAGCGUACGUAAGCAAUACCGUAAAUCUGAAAAAAUUACCAACUUAGUAAGAAAACGUAAUAUUUCAACGAAAUGGCACCUAUUUUGUAACUGAAAUAAAGGUGUAAAAAUGAUUAACGAUCACCGCGAACAAUGCUGAAAUGGAUGUUUAAUUUUUCAGCACCGAGUAAAACAACCGUGAAGUUGAAAUGUAGCUCGAUUUAGAUUAUUUAAAAGCCGCGAUGUCUGUUUGGUAAACGGAUUUUUCAACAACCGUUUCUGCAAGUUUCCUCUAUUCAUCUGUGUGAAGUUUGGCAAAAGACUUGUGUACGUCGUCGUGUAAUAUGUAUUAUUUUGUGCUUGAACGAGUACCUCUGCCUACGUAUACGUAUAUUGGGAAAAUAUGUGUGAUGAAAUAAAUUACCCACUUAUUUGAGUACAAAUUGCAAUCAGAAUGCUCGUAUUGUUCUAUCAAAAAAAAAAAGUAAGAAAUGUGUCUCUGCAGGUUAUAGUCCAUUAAAUAUGAUGGAAGCGUGUAAUUUUUAGGUUUUAUAAAAUGUAAAGUUCAUAUCGUUUUUUACUAUCGCAAUUUUCCAAAAUUAAAAAUUUAUGUAAGUAAACGAGCUCGUUGUAUUUUUUUUAAAAAAGGUUUUUUCAAAUUGAUCACAAUAAUUUAAAGUAGAACUGAAAAUUCAUCUCACGAUUACUAACUUGAAAAUUUUUUAAGGCUCAUUUUCAGACUUGAGUAAUUUUUUUGAAGUCAAGACUCCGUUUCCCUAUACAGUGAUUCACAAUGAUUCUGGGACAACUUCCUAAAUCCAUCAUCCCGAAUGACCAUUCCUCCAAACAAAUUUUUCCUAAACGUUUUUUUCAUGACUUGAAUUUCUGGAUCCGAUUUUCGAAAUUGAUAUUUCUCGGACGACUGUACCCCUGAAUGAAUUUCCCUUCAAAAAUUGAUUUCCAAAUGUAAAAAUUUAUUGCAAUUUUGGUUUUAAAAAAACAAAAAAACAAACUUUUAUGCAAUUUUGGCAAGGAAAAAGUAGGUAGGUAAGACUUCUAGGAAAAUCAUGACAAGAAAAAAAAACAGGCCUCUCUAGGAUUUUGGGGGGAAAAGUAGAACUUUUAAUGAGUAAAUAAUUUUUAUGAAAACUGAUUUUUUGCUAAAAAAAAAAAAAGAAGCAAGAUUGUCUGAAAUUUUGAUCAAAUAAAGGUAUAAUUUUCUGUAAUUUUGGCAAACAAACAAGAGUUUUUGGUGGUAAGUACCUGAUUUUUUUUUCAAAUCCUGGCAAUUUUGAUAAAACAUGUUUUUUUUAACUUUUAUAAAAAGGUAGGAUUACUUGCAAUUUUGACAAAAAAAGUAAGACGAUUUGUUAAUUCUGAUUUUGCAACUUUAACAAAAAAAGAAACACUUUUUUGGCAACAAAAAAAGGAAUAAUUUCUAGAAAUUUUGACAGAAAACAGCUGACUUUUACUCAUUUUGAUCAUUUUGACAACAAACAGAUUUUUCUGAGUAGUUUUGAUGAAAAAGUAGGAUUUCUGCAAAUUUUAAUUCAAAAAAAAAACUAAGCUUUCAUUUUCUUCAAAGCUUUUUCUUUUUAGAAGACAAUUGCUACUGUAAUCCACUCGUAAUAUGCAAUUUUCGCGUAUAAUACACAAAACUUUUUUGAAAAGCGUUCAUUUUGGCAAGUGGAUAAUUCAAAAAAAAUUUAAAAUAAUCAAAAAUAUAAUUUUUUCAAUGGGAAUGGAUUUUUGAAUCAUAUUUUAUGCUGAACAAAAAAAGUACCAACUUUGAAAUUUAAAUUGGGUUUGGCUUUUAGCAUAAAAUUUGAAGUUGGAUGUUGAAUUUCAUUUUGAAUUUAUGAAUUUUUGAAAAUAUGAUAAUCCAAAAAUCCGUUAGAGGCUCUAGAAUUGCUCGAAACUAUCACAAAUCGACUGGAGAUGUUGAAAAUAGGACACAAACCAAAUUCCAGCCUGCCAUGUUAAUUUGUUCAAAUUUUAAUUUUUUUUUUUUGUACGAAAUAAUGUGCCAAAUUAAAAAUAAUUCGCCAAAAAUCCAAAAAUAAAUUUCAGCAGCUACAACUUUUGCUGAUGAUGCACAUUGAGGUCAUUUCCGAUUCUCCUUUGCCCAAUCCAAACAUUUUCAUGACUGUUGGAGUACAAUAUUCCUUUGGAAGAAAUUUCGAAAAAAUGUCUUUAAAAUACAGAGAUGCAAAUGGAAAUUGAUUUUUGUUUCAAUUAUUUCUUGUUGAAAUAUUUGUUUUAAAAAAAUAUUUUCGUUUUUGUGUGUUUUUUUUUUUUUCAUACUCAAAACUUUCAAUUUGUGUACCUAUCUACCUAAGUACUAACAUUUCUUGAAUUAGCUCCUGAAAUUUAGGAAAUAUACCUAUAGUUUGGUUUGACGAAAUAUCAAAUUUAUGCCAGGAUUUGCAGAACUCGGAAGUUCGAAUAUUGAAGUUUAGCAAAACUCGAUUUGGAUUACCUAGUUCGUAAUAUAGUUUUCAAAGUAUGUACACCUUUCUUACUAUCAGAAACUUAUUCAAAAUCAUUUUCAUCACCUUCAAAUCUCAUCUGCUCCUUCAAAUUCCUGAAUGUUUGUCCAUUGAACACGUGCCCGCAGGCCUUGCAUACUUAGAUGUCAUCUCAUUCGCUUUAGCUCCUCCACCUCCAUCUAAUUUUUUUUCAAAAAUAUGAAACGGUUUCGAAGAUGAUGAACUUUCUAAUCACCUACUUACGUCAAAAUUCUCAAGUAUUCUACGAAGAAAUAAUCAAAAAUUAUGUUAAUCAAGAAUGGCAAAACGAGUGGAAUCAAUUCAACUCGAACAAUAUCUACCAUUUUUUAAUUGAAAACCAAAUAAAAUAAAUCUCGGAAUGAAAAACUGAUGGAAAACUGAUGGAAAACUGAUGUGAAAAUUUUCGUGCACGAGUUGAUACCGAAAUGUCGUAAAAGAACAAACCAACGUUGAACGUUUCUACUUAAAUGAUCGAUUAUGUAAGAAAAGAAGAAGAAAAAAAUUCAUCUCGAAGAUAACAGAAGGAACGUGUGUUUCAGCUAGUUUCAGCUCUUGGCAAGGCAUUUUGUUUGAUUUACAAUAGAAAAAUAAAUAAUAUAGGCUGUGGGGGUCUACAUAUAAUACUCUAUACCUACCUACGUACUCGUAGUAUAAGAUACACUAUAAUUCUUCCAACGAAUUGUGUUUAUGUAAGGAAAGCUCGCUUAUGUAUCGAAGCUACGAAUAAUUGUUAAAGAAAUCGAUGUGCAUUUUUAUUGGUAUAUGUUCUAUUGUAUGGGAGAAAAAGAAAAUGUAUUAGGUUUAUUUAAUAUUGUGUACAGAUAUUUGAUUUUUAUACGUUCUUUACCGCGAGUAAAUAUUUUGUAAACUUGGUAUAACAAUUUUAAUAAACGACGUUUAAUGUU